AUCAAUACCUGCCAGUUAAUCUGUAAGAUCUCUCAAAAGGGACAUUGGUUAAAACCACUGCACAGCUGUUUUCCUGUUACUAAUAUUUUACAGACUAUUAUCAGUCUGAAAUUAAAUAAACUUGUGAUAAUAUUUCACAAUAAAGGGAAAGUCAGAGAAAACGGACAGCAAGGACAAAGGUUACCCAACCACUUUUUCACAUUGACUGAUUGGGGCUGGACUGUCCUGUGAUGGGACGUGACAGUGUAGAAGAACCAAGCCUGUGGAUCAAAAGGAAGAAACUGAGAGGGUUUACUUUCACAGCAGAUAUGGAGUCAAGUAGGAGAAUGAGAUGGACUCCAUUUGGAUUUGUGGGCCUUCUUGCUUUGCUCUCACUGUGUUCUCUGGCUGACGGACUUCCACUGGAGGUGUUGUCUGCCCCCAACCUUCUUCGAGUAGAAACUGCUGAAAAUAUCUUUGUUGAAGUUCAAGAUAGCGUGCAAGAAGAUGCCAUACCUGUGCAAAUCAAAGUCAUGGAUUAUCCAACCAAAGUUAAAAUGCUUGCAGAGACAUCUGUGAUCCUUUCUAAGGAAAAUAACUUUCAGGAUUUUGGGAAAAUUCAGAUCAAGGCUAUAGAUUUCAGUAAAGAUCCCAAUAAAAAACAGUAUGUGUAUCUCCAAGCACAGUUCCCAAACAAAUUGUUGGAAAAAAUUGUGUUAGUGUCCUUCCAAUCUGGGUACAUUUUCAUACAAACUGACAAAGGCAUCUACAAUCCCAACAGCAAUGUUAUGUAUAGGAUUUUUGCAGUCAGCCCUGGCAUGGAACCUCAGAAUGAUAUACUACUGGAUACUGAAAUUGUGACUCCUGAAGGCAUCACUAUACAAUCUAAUUGGAGAUUAUUGAGAAUGGGGGUGACUACUGAAGACUACAGGCUUCCUGAAAUUGUUAGUUUUGGAGUGUGGAAAGUGUUAGCCAAGUUUAGGACUAACCCACACUUGAGCUUUACUGCCGAGUUUGAGGUCAAAGAAUAUGCUCUUCCUAGUUUUGGGGUUAAUCUGACACCUGGAAGCUCCUUCUUCUAUGUAGACAGUAUAGAUCUAGCAGUGAACAUCAAAGCUACAUAUAACUUUGGGGAAGCAGUGGAUGGAACAGCAUAUGUGCUGUUUGGAGUUGUUCAUGAGUAUCAUAAAAAAAGUUUUCCGAACUCUCUACAGACAGUGAAGAUUUUGAGAGGUGAAGGAGUGGCCAAACUGACCAGGGAGCACAUCACACAGACUUUUCCAAAUAUUCUAGACCUGGUGGGGAGCUCUAUAUUUGUAGCAGUCAGUGUGUUGACUAAAAACGGUGCUGAAAUGGUUGAGACAGAGCUGAAAGAGAUAAAGAUUGUCACUUCCCCCUACACCAUCUUCUUCAAGAAAACGUCAAAGUUUUUCAAACCAGGCACACCGUUGGAUGUUGUGGCUGAAGUUGUGUAUCCUGACAAUUCCCCAGCUCAAGGUGUCACUGUGGUGGUGAAUCCUGGUAACAUGGAGGAAGUUACAGGAGCAAAUGGUGUCGCGACAUUUACUGUCAACACAUUAGAGAGCUCUCAAACUCUGACUAUUUUAGCACAGACCAAAGAUCCCCAACUAACAGCUCAAGGACAAGCAUCUGCCUCCAUGACAGCUCAUCCAUAUAAAUCCAAAAGCAACUCUUACCUGCCCGUGUAUGUAGAUUCAGCUGAGGUGGAAUUAGGAAAGACCAUAAAAGUCAACAUCUUCCUUAGUAGACAGGAAAGGGAACAAAAAGACAUCACAUAUCUGAUUUUAAGCAGAGGUCAGAUGGUGAAACAUGGACGAUAUCGCACAACCGGUCAAGGACUGUUUAGCCUGAGACUUCCCGUUACCAAAGAAAUGUUGCCAUCAUUCCGCAUUGUAGCCUACUAUCAUCCAAAUUCUGAGGAAGUUGUUGCAGACUCUGUUUGGGUAGAUGUCAAAGAAUCCUGCAUUGGAUCUCUAAGUCUGGAAUCAGUGAGACCUGCUGCAUCUUAUGAAAAUCGCAUGGGCUUCCGUUUAAAAGUCACAGGAGAUCCAGAGGCUACAGUGGGACUAGUUGCAAUUGACACAAGUGUCUCUCACCUGAACAGGAAGUACCGCCUGACACAAAGAAAAAUCUGGGACAUGGUGGAGGAAUACAACACUGCCUGCACAGCAGGUGGAGGGAAGGACAGCAUGAAUGUGUUCUACGAUGCUGGGCUGUUGUUUGAGACGAGCACCAUACCCGGGACACCUUACAGAACAGAUUUCAAGUGCCCCACCUCAAGCAGAAGAAAACGAGCCCUUUCUCUGAGAUACAAUGCAAGCACACCAGAUUCAAGUUUUGCUCAGGAAUUUCAGUCUCGAGUUAAAGAACUUCAGUCGUGCUGCUUGGAUGGUAUGAGGAAUGUCUCUGACCAGCACUCCUGUGAGAGGCGAAGGAGGCAUGUUGUGGGCAGUCCAGCCUGUGCUGAAGCCUUCAUGCAUUGUUGCAAGAACAUGAAACAACAAGCUGGGAUGAAAGGGGAAACUCAACUGCUGCAUCGCAGCAAAAGAAGAGCACAAGACACGAGUGAUGAAGGUGGUAUCCCAACAAAUUCAGAUUUAAUCAGCAUUCGCACCAGAUUUCCAGAAAGUUGGCUUUGGUCUGAAAAAAAAAUGAGUGCUUGCCCUGGAAACAAACCUGACUGCUCAUCUACAUCAUAUGAAACAACUGUCAUGUUGCCGGACACAAUGACAACCUGGCAGCUAACAGGCAUUGCUCUGUCAAGUACUCAUGGUAUCUGUGUGUCUGACCCAUUAGAGGUCACAGUAAGGAAAACGUUCUUCAUUGAUCUCAGGCUGCCGUAUUCUGCCGUUCAUGGAGAGCCGCUGGAAAUUAAGGCAGUUAUCUACAAUUACAGUCCUUAUCCCAUCAAUGUGUAUUUGGAUCUGAUGGAUACAAACGAUGUGUGCAGUGCAGCAUACAGAAGUCUGAGCUACCGCCAGGAAAUUCAAGUUGGACCCCAAACUAUUCUGCCUGUUCCAUUUGUCAUUAUGCCAAUGAAAGACGGACAUGUCAAUGUUGAGAUUAAAGCAGCGGUUAAAGAUUCGGCCCUUAGUGAUGGUGUCAGAAAAGAGCUGAGGGUGUUGCCUAAGGGCAAAUUGGUAAAGUCUGUAAAGAUUGUCACACUAAACCCGACUAAGGAUGGAGUUAAUGGCCAACAAGUUGUAAUGAUCAACAGUGAAAUUCUUCCAAGUGAUGUUGUUCCAAACACACCAAUGAAGACGUUCAUCUUUCUAACAGGAGGAGAGAAGAUGACUCCAUUGCAGGAGAAUAUCAUUAGUGGAACAACAAUGAGUGGUUUCUUCCAAAACCCUGUAGGUUCUGCAGAGACUACCAUGAUUAUAACAACUUUGCCUGUUGUGGCAACUAUGUAUUUGGAUAAAACCGAUCAGUGGGAAACUGUGGGGUUAGAGAAAAGAGAUGAAGCUCUCCAACUCAUAAGAAAUGGGUAUCUUCGAGAGCUGAUGCACAUGAAAAAAGAUGGGUCUUUUGCUGCAUUUCCUAAUAUACCAAGCAGCACCUGGCUGACUGCUUAUGUUGUCAAGGUCUUCACCAUGAUAAGCAACAUGGUGCCAACAGAAAAAAAACAUAUCUGUGAUGCCGUCAAGUUUCUGAUUCUUGCAACCCAGCAAUCUUCCGGGAUGUUCAGAGAAGUUGGACGUAUGUUUCACGUGGAAAUGAUGGGCGAUGUUGCUGGCACAGAUUCAGAUGCUUCUACAACAGCCUUUUGUCUGAUUGCAAUACAGGAGGCGCAUGCAACAUGCGCUGAUACUGUUCAUUCCAUUCCCCAAAGUAUAGACCGAGCAGCAGGUUACCUGGAACAGCGUCUGUCCACUCUCACAAACCCUUAUGCUGUUGCAAUGACUUCCUAUGCCUUGGCGACUGAAAACAAACUCAACAAGGAGAUCCUUUUCAAGUUUGCUGCCCCAGAUCGAUCUCAUUGGCCAGUACCAAAAGGAAGCUUAUACACGCUGGAGGCUACAGGCUAUGCUCUACUUGCGCUUGUCAAAGCAGAGGCAAUUGAAGAAGCUCAUCCUGUUGUGAGAUGGCUCAGCAAACAGCCAAAUUUAACUGGAGGUUUUGGAUCAACACAGGCCACCAUUAUCAUGUACCAGGCCAUAGCUCAGUACUGGAUCAGUGUGCAAGACAUAGAUUAUGGUAUGAAUGUGGAAAUCUUGAUACCGGACAGGUCCCGACCAGAGAGGUAUCGCUUGACUAAAGAAAACCAACACAUUACAAGGACCUCAAAGGUUGAAGGAAUAAAUAAAGACAUCAAAGUGAUGGCUACUGGAACUGGAGAAGCUAUCCUAAGGAUGGUGUCACUAUAUUACACUGUUCCUAAGGAACCUGAGAGCCAAUGUGAAACUUUUGACAUGAGUGUACAACUUAUUCCAGAAGGUGAAAAAAUAUACAUGUUGAGGAUACAGGUCUUGUUUAAGCACAGAGACCGUGAUGCAUCAUUAUCAAUCUUGGAUAUUGAUUUGCCAGCCGGCUUCACCUUUAACAAACCUGACCUGGAUGCAUUGUCUACAGGGCGUUCCCGCCUCAUAUCCAAAUAUAAUUCUACCACAUUUCUGUCGGAAAAGGGAUCUCUCAUCCUUUAUCUGGACAAGAUUUCUCACACACGGCAAGAGGAGAUCUCUUUCAGGAUCCACCAGGAAAUGAAAAUGGGAAUCUUACAACCAGCUGCUGUGAAGGUCUAUGAAUAUUACAACUACAAACCUUGUGUGAAAUUUUACAGCCCUGAGACAGUCGCAUCUGUGUCUAAACUGUGUAUCAACGAUCAUUGUGCAUGUGCUGAAGGGGAGUGCAGUAAUCAGAAAAAAGGAAAAGUAAAUAACGAUGAGCGUGUUUCGAAGAUUUGUGAUUCCACUGUAGGUUUCGUCUAUAAGGUAAGAGUGGAUAAUUUAAUGGACAGCACGUCAGCUGAUGUUUACACACUACAAAUUUUGGAAGUGAUCAAAGAAGGAAACAUUGAUUUAGGAGCACAAGGUAAACAGCGCAAGUUUCUUGGCAAAAAAACCUGCAAAGAUGCUUUAGAUCUGCAAACGGGAAAAACCUACCUGAUCAUGGGCUCAUCGAGGGAUAUAAACAAAGAUGAACAGAAUUUAAGCUACUGGUAUGUGUUUCGGAGUGACACCUGGAUCGAGUACUGGCCCUUAGACACGGAGUGCCAGACACACCAACCUGCCUGUUCUGACCUGGAAGAUACGGUUGCCCAAAUUAUUAUGUUUGGAUGUGCUCUUAGAUAAAACUGACCAAAUCAAACUCCCCUCAUUUACCUGUUUUCUGAUCCAAAUCUAAGACCACGAUAAGGUAUCAGGAGAUUUCCCUUUGUAGUUUUUAUUUGACAUACAAUAAAAGCCAAAAGCCUAUUUGGAGAAAAGGGUGUUUCCUAAUAAAAUUCGCUUUCAAAGUGUA